AUGUCCUUUCGGUGUACCCCGCUCCUUUUUCAGACGUUUACGACGUCGAGAUUGAUGUCGUUUCCACCGAAGUUUUUGUUCAGCGUCGUAAGCGAUAUAGACACUUACAAGGAGUUCGUUCCCUUCUGUCAGGAUUCAAAAGUUACCACUCGAGACGAGAAAACAAACUUGCCAACCACAGCCGAUUUAACAAUUGGAUUUCGGGGGUUUUCGGAAACGUUUGAUAGCAAGGUGCAGUGUAACCCAGAAAAGUUGACAGUUUUAGCAGAUGCGUCCCAUCACAAGUUGUUCUCGUAUUUAAAAACACAAUGGCAGAUACACGAAUCUAGCAAUAACCGUUCACGUGUUGAACUAAGUGUCGCUUAUGAGUUUCAGAAUCCACUAUAUAGGUUUAUGAGUAAAAUGGCAGGCCAAGCAGCUGCAACAGAUAUAAUUACCGGGUUUGUCGCACAAGCUAGAAGGAAAUACAACAACCAAAUUGGAUUUAAAGUUUGA